AUGUCGCCACUCAUAACUGACGCGUUCACGAACCAACUUGACGUGGACGAGCUUCUUUGUCAGCUGUCGAUAGAGGAGAAGGCCUCUCUCCUUGCAGGCAAGGACUUUUGGCACACUACGCCACUGCCCCUACGCGGCAUCCCCUCCAUCCGCGUCUCUGACGGGCCCAAUGGCAUCCGCGGGACCAAGAUCUUUGACGCUGUCCCUUCAUCAUGUCUUCCCUGCGGGACUGCCCUUGGAGCAACGUUCAACACGGAACUGGUCGCCCAGCUGGGCCAGCUCCAGGGCCAGGAGGCCAAAGCUAAAGGGGCCGUUGCCGUGCUUGGGCCGACGCUCAACAUCCAGAGAGGGCCGCUAGGUGGCCGCGGCUUCGAGUCCUUUUCAGAAGAUCCGCUGCUAUCCGGCCUUCUGGCUGGCCAUUAUGUUCGUGGCGUCCAGCAGGAAAAGGUAGCCGCCACGCUUAAGCACUUUGUCUGUAACGAUAUGGAGGACGAGCGUAUGAGGGUCAAUGUCCUCGUCACGCCCCGGGCCCUGCGUGAGAUCUACCUAUUGCCGUUCAUGCUGGCCAUCUCUAUCGGGGACCCCCGCGCGGUUAUGACGGCCUAUAAUAAGGUUAAUGGCAUACAUGUCUCCGAGAGUAAGGAGCUGCUACAACACGUUCUCCGAGACGAGUGGAAAUUUGACGGGCUGGUCAUAAGUGAUUGGUUCGGCACCUAUAGUGUGACCGAGUCCGUCCAAGCCGGCGUCGACCUGGAGAUGCCCGGCCCGACGCGCUGGCGGGGUGGCGCCCUGGCGCACGCCGUUGAAUCCAACAAACUAACGGUUCGCGAGCUCGACGACCGCGUCCGGAACGUGCUCAACCUGAUCAACUACUCGGUGGCCGCGGGUGUCCCCGAGAACGCGCCCGAGACGCAGCUCAACCGGCCUGAGGACCAAGCGCUGCUGCGGCGGGCCGCGGGCGAGUCGAUCGUGCUGCUCAAGAACGAGGGCUCGGUGCUACCGUUUGCCAAGUCCGGCAAGACCACGGCCGUCAUCGGGCCCAACGCCAAGACGGCCCGGUUCUGCGGCGGCGGGAGCGCUUCCCUGCUGCCGUACUACGCCGUGUCCCCGUACGAGGGCGUGGCCAGGAAACUCGAGGACCAGCGGCUGCCGCUACCGCGGUUCGCGCAGGGCACGAGCGACGACCAGCUGCUCCCGCUGCUGGGCGACCGGCUGCGAACCGCGAGCGGCCAGCGCGGGUUCACCUGGCGAGCGUACAAUGAGCCCGCGACGGUGGCCGGGCGGGAAUGCGUCGACGAGCGGGUGCUGGUCGACUCGAACUGCUUCUUCAUGGACUACGAAAACGCGGCGCUGGCGCCGGUCUGGUACUGCCAGGCCGAGGGCAUCUUCACGCCCGACGAGAGCGGUGUGUACGACUUUGGGCUGGGCGUCGAGGGCACUGGCCGGCUGUACGUCGACGACGCGCUAGUCGUCAGUAACGUCGAGAAUCAGAAGCCCGGUAUUACGCUAUUUAGCGCGGGCACCGUCCAGGAGACGGGCAGCAAGACGCUCGUGGCGGGCCGCGGGUACACCGUCCGCGUGGAGUGGGCGUGUUGCCGGACGAGCAAGCUGCCGCCGCGGACGCCGGUUGGGGGCAUCCACGGAGGGCUGCGGAUCGGCGCGGCUCGGCGUGUCGAGGACCCGGAGUGGGCGAUUGCCGAGGCGGCGGCGCUAGCCGGCGAGGUCGACCAGGUGGUGCUCGUCGUUGGGCUCAACGGUGAGCUCGAGUCGGAGGGCACCGACCGCCCACAUAUGGACAUGACGGCGCACACGAACGCCCUCGUGAGCGCCGUCCUCGCCGCCAAUCCAAACACCGCCGUCGUCGUCCAGUCAGGCACCCCCGUCGGCAUGCCCUGGAUCGAUCAGGCCAACGCUGUCUGCCAUGCGUGGUACGGUGGAAACGAGACGGGCAACGCCAUUGCUGAUGUGUUGUUUGGCGACGUAAAUCCGAGCGGCAAGCUGCCCCUAACGAUCCCACGCCGGCUCGAGGAUAACCCGACCUAUCUUAACUUCCGCAGCGAGGCCGGGCGCGUACUAUACGGGGAGGACGUCUACGUCGGGUAUCGGUAUUACGACAAGGUCCGCACGUCGCCCUUGUUCCCGUUUGGCCACGGCCUGUCGUACUCGACCUUUACGCUGGAAGACCUCGCCGUGGACUGCCACCAGCAGCACGGUCACCAGCAGACGAGCGUCACGCUGCAAGUCUCCAACGCAAGCUCGCGGGCCGGAGCCGAGGUCGUACAGGUCUACGUCGCCCCGCCGCCUACGAGUGCGGUUGGCCGGGCCGUCAAGGAGCUCAGAGGGUUCCAAAAGAUAUUCCUAGAGGCGGGGCAGACGCGCCGGGCCUCAAUCGAGCUCGACACGGUGCUGGCCACAAGCUACUGGGACGAAGGGCGCGGCCAGUGGUGCAGCGAGGCGGGCGACCCGGCUGACGGCGAUGGCCAGCUACAGCUGUCACUGCCCUCACCAGUUCCCUCACCUGCGCCUGUAAAGGGACACUCUCUGCCGGCCUGUGAUGCAUGCCGGCUCCGCAAGCGCCGGUGCUCCCUGACCGCCGGGGCCGAGGGCCGCACCCGGGCUACCGGGACUGCCCUCGCGACCACGACAACAUCGCUGCCGCCGCCACCGCCGUCGUCGUCGUCGCCGUCGUCGGGCAAGUGCCUCAACUGCGAGCGAGCUGGCUCUCGCUGCACAUUCCUAUUGCCGCUCCGAGCACGGGGCCCGACGCCGGGCCGCAAGGCAGUCCCCGCUCACCACCAGAUUGCCGCGUGGCAGGUCGACCCCCACGAGAGCAAGACCGACACCGCCAUCCCGACGCGAGUCCAUGCCACCGACAUCCUCUUCUCGCGGGAGCUGGUGCUGCUGGUGUUGAACGACUACGUGACGUACGUGUACCCGCUGCUGCCGGUCGUCCACCGUCCGUCGUUUGCGGCGGACCUGGAAGGGGGCCGGGACGCGCGGGACGGCGACUUGCUGGCGCUGGUGGUGUCGCUAUGCGCCGCAACCGUGGGCCUGUUGCCAUCGCGGCUGCCGACGUACCGCGCCCACGGCCUCCCCUUUGAGACGCGCACCGCCAUGGCCAACCACUGCUUCCGCCUCAACCAGGGUUUCCGCGGGCCGGCCUACUUCGACACCAUCAGCCACUCCAAGUGGGCCAGCACGUACAUGCUGGGCAUCGCCAUCCACCAGACGGGCAACGCCAACCUCUGGCGCAUGCUCGAGGUUGAGGCCAUGCAGCUCCUCCGCCUCCUCGAGGUCCAUCACCUCGCCUCCUACGCGGGGCUCGACCCCAUCGAGGUCCAGCUCCGCAAAAAGGCCUUCUGCCUCAUGUUCAACGGAUACGUCCACCAAGCCCACAACCUCCGCAACGAACGCGUCACCUUUCUCGACCCCGUCCUCCUCCGCACCAUCAGCCUCGACGACCUCAUGCCCGCCCCCCUCGACGACGACUACCUCUCCCUGGCCGGCAUCCUCCCCUGCCCGCACGACGUCGCCUCCGCCUCCCUCACCGCCGGCUUCAACAUCCACGUCCGCGUCUUCGCCGCCGCCCUCGAGUCCCCCGCCGCCACAUUCAACCCCCCGCCUCGCCACUGCGCCAAUGACCGCGCCAGAGACACGUCCAAGGCCCGCCUCGCCGCCCUCCGCGAGCAGCACCACCGCCUCAUGUCCAUGCUCGACUCGAUCCCUCCUAUCUACCAGCCCCAGAACCAUCAUCAGCAGCACGGCCUCCAGCGGGAAAGCACGGCCACCAUCCAGCGCGACGCCAUCCGCGCGAACAUUCACGUCACCCACCUGUGGCUUCAGAGCAUGCUGCUCGACCAGAUCGACGCCAUCGUCACUACCGACCAGCAGGAGGAGCCAUCCGUCACCAGUCCGGACCAGCACCAACACCAGCAGCCCAUCAUGACGACACCAGCCGAGGGCUCGUGGGACGAGCGCGAAGACAUCUGCCAGAAGCUUCUGCACGUAAUCCACUCCAUUUCGUUUUCAGGUCUCGAGGUCAACGGGUCCGCAUUGGUCUACAAGCUCCGCGACGUCGCCGCCCCGCUCCUGGCCUGCCCGUACCCCGCGCAGGAGGACCGCGGCCGCCGCGUGGCCGAGUACGUGCGCGAGUUCUCAGCCAUCCUGACCACGCUCGACGGCAGCGAGAUGCCCCACUCGCUCAGCCUGCAGAGCUGGGUGGACACCACCAGCCACCGCCGGGUUGGCCGCGAGAGCGAUGGAGGCCGCGGUGGUGGUGUCAGGAACAGCAGCAGGAGCACCAGCAGCAGCAGCAGCAGCAACAAUGGCAGUGGCUUCAGAUCCGUCGUGUCGGCGUCUCCUCCUCCCGCUAUGACGACAACGCCGGCAGCGGCAGCGGCAGCGGUGGGGACGUUGUUGUCAAUAACGCCUGGAUGA